GCAAUCGCUUGCAAUGCUGUAUCUCCUUUUUCGCGCGCGUUGAUUGUAUACCUGGUGUCAUUGGACACGCGUGGAGAUGUCUGGUAUAAUCGGCGCUCUCGUCGCUCUGCCCCAGAGCAUCCAGUCCGCCAAAGAACUCUACGACUUGCGCCUCAAGUACAAAGAUGCCUCGGUUCUCAUCACUGCGAUAUACUCCGAGUCCAUGAUCAUUGCGGCGUCUUUGUCCCAAGUCCAAAACCUUUUACAAAAUGAUGCGCUACGGGAGAAGCCCCAGCUGCUCGAGACCUUCGAUCGCGCGCUUACGGGCUGUCGAGUCGUGUACGGGUGUCUAGAAGAGGAGGUACGAGACUUGAGAGUGAAGGCGGAGAACGACAACCUAAGGUUCAAAGACAAAGCGAAGUUUGUGUUCAAAGAAGACACUUUUAGAGAGCUGCUCACCCAGAUCCGCGGCCAGCAAUCAGCGCUCAGCUUACUGAUACAAGGACUGCAAAUGGAGUCUAUUGCGGAUAUCAAGAAGCUGGUCGAGGACAACAGUGUGACACUCGAUCAGGUCGUAAAGCGAUCGAGGACGCUGCGGCAGUCGCACCCAAGGCUAAAGUUACCGGAGUCGCUGUUCGAUCGGAAAGGCCUUAACGAGAACGAAGCCGAUGUGGACUCUAUCGCGAAAGCUACGGAGUUUACGUUCGAUGAUGAGGUCGUCAACUCGAAAGCGUAUCGUAGGGCUAUGGCUAUGGCCAUGUCCACUUCACGUCAAGGAUCCAACGCGUCCAAGGAGUCAACUACUGCGGUACCGGAAGGCAGUUCAACCGCUCUCGAAACAAUAUCUCCGAGUGACGACCAGAGUGAAAGAGAAGAGCCGACGACUCAUCCUCUAUCAUCAUUGGGAAAAGACAAUACUCCGACCGAUGUACCAAAGUCGGAAGCAGAAGGCGAACCAUCACCCCAAUCCACAACGACAGAUGAACAUGCAGAUUUGUUUGAUACCCUCGAACGCGACAUACUGUCUUUCAUGCCACAAACCUCUUCCACGGCACUUUGCUUGACUCCCAACCAUACGGGGUCUACGAACCCCUCUGCGCUACCGAAUGAUCCUUAUGGCGCGUUAACACCAGCGCCACUGCGAUCAUUCAGUGGCGACAGUGGCACGGGAGUUAUAGAAGCCGCACCUCCAUUGCCCCCUCGUCGUCCGAGUGAGCAAUCAGUCGUAACACCUCAGAUGCGCUUAGUGCCUUCUAACGAUAGCAUGUUUUCUUCCAAUGCACCAUCAAUUCUAUCAAAAGCGUCGGAGGCAUCGUCUUACACCGUAUAUGAUACUCCGCUGUUGAGCCCCGAUUCGACCGGCCAACUAUCGCGGAAGCCGCUGCCCUUUAUGCACAAGUCAUCUUACAACGCGCCAGGUAACACUUCGCGUGGUCCAGACGAAGUCGUAGCAGCGAGGGCACCCUUACCCUUGCAAAACGUUGAAAUGCACAAUAUUUGGAUGUCUUUGGUCGAAGCUGAGAGGAAGUUCAUCGACCGCAUAAUGAGACUGAAACGGAUGUUUUACGAUAACAUAGUAAGACAAUGGCCUGUCCUUGAGAAACACAUGGAUGCCAUCCUUAUCGGCGAGCAACUCGCAACACUCCAUCAGCAGUAUCUGCUCCUGGCGAUGGAUCAUGGUCUCGCUGGCAGUACUAACGCCCUCUGCAAUCCAUACAUUAUCGAAGUCUGGGUAGACAAGAGUCAGCAACUGUAUCGAGAAUACUGUCGCAAGAUGCCGCAUGCCGCCUCCUCACUACGAUCGACACAGAACAUGGACCCAAAGUUUACCCCUUUUGUCAAUACACUUGGUCUGAGUAUCGCUUAUUUUGGCAAGAGCUGGCAAGACUAUUUGGAGCUUCCUCAGGUACAGAUGCAGACUUAUAUCGACAGCCUACAGAGGCUUGUCAGCAUUGCGGACUCCCUCAAUGAUCCAACGGCAAAUCGGGAGGCUUUGCAUUUACGACGCGCUCUACAGGCCGUCACUUGGCUGAAAACAUCGAUCUCAACUUUACUAGAUGAAGCGCAGGCUCGUGAAGAUGUACAGAAUCUUCAGAGGCGUAUCCGAACAGAUGCACUAACGUUUGCGCAACUACGUCUGCAUGAGCCAGCCCGUCGCAUCUUUCACCAAGGUGGUAUGGCGAUGAAGUUCAAGAGCCAGGGAUCUUGGAUUCCAGUACACGCCAUGUUACUCGAUAACUACUUCAUAUGGGGUAAAGCUAAAAAGAGCAAAGGAGAUGAAGUUCUGAUAACGGACCCACCUAUCGCGGUCGCCGAUAUGGAGCUGUCUCUUCCGACAGACGUAUACCAGUUCCAGAAGGCUACCAUGCUGGACCAGAUAGCAAGGGGCUCAGUCGUAUAUAUCAUCAUAAUCAACAACAAAGCCCAACCAGGCAAGCCCAGUUUGCUAGGCCUGUACGGCUUCCCAGAGAGGAGAGACUGGCUCGAUCACUUCACUGCGGCUGGGACCAAGUUUCAGAGGUGAAUUACGUCGUUGCUCUGGGCU